CACAAUGUUUUAAGCAAUAUGUCAUGAGCAGCGAUAAAGAACAUUUUUGUGAUAUUUACAUAUUAAGAUUUUUGCCAUAUAAAUAUUAAAAUAUUAAAAUAUCACUUUCUUAGAAUUCACUUGCAAAAAGUAUUAAAUUUAUAAUGCUGUAGAUUGUUUACUAAGAAUGGCAGCUUUAAUGAAGAAACGAGUGCUAGCUGAAUUUACUCAAAGUCAGGUUAUUAAUGAACCACCAACUAAACGGUUGAGGACGCUCAGGUUAUCGUCAACAACCAGUACAAAAAAUGGUACAGAAAGCAGUUCGGCGCUGGCUUACAUAGAGUGCCUUGAGAAAUGCAAAAGUGGAAAUGAUGCUUUGCAGUUGCUUGUUCGUAUCUCUGACGCUAUAGCAUAUAUAGCAUCUGAAGAUGUUCCUAUAGCUGUAAAAAAGCUAGCAGAAAGAUUCGCUGUUGAGAAUGAAGCCGCAGUUAGGGCAAAGAUUUUUUGGGUAUUCGCUGAAUUAGGAGAAGUGACACCUGACAUAGCGGAAAAGGCAAAAAUUAUUAAUGAGACAGUAGAACUUUUGAGAAAUGAGGAAUCACAUAGAGUAAAAAGUCAGGGAUUAGCAACACUUUUAAAGCUAGGGGAUUAUCAAAGAACACUGGUAUUGAAAAUUGCACAAGAACAUCUGCCUGAUCCAUGGCAUGGUGUUCAAACACGAUGCCUUUCCAUAAUUGGACGUUACCUCACAGCAAAUGCUGUCGAGGAUACCUUGGCAUUAAUUGGCAAUUAUGCCCGUUCUCAAGAUCCAAGAGUACGUGCUCAGGCUUUUAAAACCAUGGCAGAAUUACAUUCCCACAGAGGUUACAGGCUACCUGCAAGUUUCUUUAGAGAAGCUUGUGCAGCUCUUCGUGAUGACUAUGAAAUUGUACGCCGAGCUGUACUGAAACUUAUUUGGCUGUUAGGCAGAGAGUAUCCAGAAAAUAUCAUCGUUGGCUUUGACGGGGAGGACAUACGUAUGAUAGACUGCGCUUUUUCACAAAUUUGUAGUCUCAUGGGUGACUUAUCGCCACGUGUGAGAGCUUCGGCGAUGUCUCUUUUAGGAGCGAUGAAGAAUGUAUCACGUCGUUACAUAGAACAAGCCUUGGACAAGAAACAGAAAAUAGUCGAGGCAGACAGACCUGAAGUUGAAGAAAAAAGUGGAUCUUGCGGAGCAUUUAUUCACGGUUUAGAAGAUGAAUUCUUGGAGGUGAGAACAGCGGCGGUUGAAGCGCUCUGCACGCUGUCGUUAGAACAGCCGAGUAUAUCUAGAAUUUCAUUAGACUUCAUGGUGGACAUGUUCAAUGAUGAGAUUCAAGACGUUAGAUUAAGAGCCAUCGAAUCUUUGAGAAAAAUGUCAGCCAGCGUGACACUUCAAGAGGACCAAUUGGAGACAAUCUUGGGCGCACUGGAAGAUUUUUCAGGAGAAGUGAGAGAAGGGCUGCACGCGAUGCUGGCCGCUAGUCAUCUCGCCACUACAAAUUGCCUCUACAUGUGCGUCAAUCGUUUGCUGGAUAAUUUGACUCGUUAUCCUCAGGACAGGGAAAGCAUCAGGAGCUGUUUGGCGGCGUUGGGCGCGUCACACCCGUACUUAACAUUGCCUUUAGUACCGCAUCUUCUUAAUCGACAUCCCUUCUUCGAUACGUCCGAGCCGGAUGUCGACGAACCGUCCUAUGCCAGCGUACUAGUAAUGAUAUUCAACGCUGCGCUGCACUGUCCUAGCAUGCACGCCCUUUUCACAGAGCACGCAUCUAAGCAUUAUCACUAUUUGCGCGACACGAUGCCGCAUUUGGUCCCGCGAUUGCGUCCAGCACUUACGAACAGCGGAGGAGACAAGACGGAAGAUAUGGAUGUCGAGGAGAACAGGGAUCAGCGCGGCCGAGAAUUCUUGGAGAAAAUGGUAGCUGGGAUCGAGAACGCUAGACCAGGCGGCAAGGUCCAUACGCAACUUUUAGAAGCUGCCGCCAUCGAUCUUGACCGUUUGGCAGAGAUGGAUCAUCACAUGGAGGGUGCGGCACGUUUCACCGCCCUGUACAUUCGAUGCUUGUUAUUGUUGAAGUCUAUGCUCAAGGAAUUCUCCAUGUCGACGAUGACGAUGUCGGCGAGUCCCGUGCCGAAUAACAGCAACAACGUUUUCGUCCUUCUUCAGAAUGCGCAAAAAUUGCAACGCUUGUUUAGUGGAUUAAGCGAGAAUGAAGUGAUAUUGGCUAACGACAUGUGGCUGAAGGCACUCGCUAUGGAAUUGAUCAGAGUAACCAAGAGUGCGACUGGUAGCGCGUUACCACUGACCCGUCAUUUCCUGUCGGAAGCUGACGCUCUGCCUCAGGAUACGUCGAGAUUACCGCCGUUCUCCCGAGCUCUGGUGUUGAAGAUACCGAAUCUGCCGGACGUGAAGCCCGGGUCUUUGAUGCAGUUGUUGGUACAAUUACUUUUGGAACCAGUAGUGCGGGGAGAGGAACGACUGCCAAAGCCGUCGGCGUCGACGCGUUUAUGUCGAGCAAUCAUCGAGGAGCCGAGGGGCGACGCCGACGCCGCGUUGAAGUUUACAGGUGGCCUCUUAUUGGGCAUCCCGUUGAAUGCCAAGAUACUGAAUCUACGCGAUCCCGCUACUUUGCGGAUUAAGCUGAAGCACCCGGAUCAACAGGUGCAGCUAUUAUUGCCGCGACAGUCGGACCUGCGGCUGCAGCACGCCGAUCAGAAGGACUACAGAUUGAGAACGACGGUUCUUUUGUCACAUCAAGUGUGGAUGGAGGCUUGCAACGUGGAAAUCUCCUUAGCGUUGGUGAUGCCAUCUUCGGUUUGUACGCACUCGCCUUUGGACGAUCCUUGUGUAAUUGAUCUUUGUAAGCCUACCAAAGUAUCAAUCGCGCCAAAAGCCAUUAAAAGAGGCAUAUGAUUGUUGUAUUAUAAUUAUGUUAUUGUACGAUACUUACAUGUGUAAUUUUCUUUUCCGAUUGGUUGAUUGGUACGUGUCCUUAUGAGAAUUUAGUACUUUGUAUAUUGUAUGCGUAUUGUACUGAUUGAAACGAAUUUAAAAUAAUUUGAAACAAACAAGAAAAAAAAAACAGUUAAGGUUUGUUUCCGACGAAAUGCUUGAAGCCGAGACGAAACUGUGAAAAUAUUCGCUGCAAUAUCAAUCGAGAGAUCGGGUUAUUUUUAUGUGCGACUUGGAUGAAAAUAUUUUAUUAUAAAACCUAGAUCUAUCUUAAUCAAGUGUACAACAGUACAAGAGACGUAACAGAGCUCAAUUUUUGUCAUAAAAAGGUCAUACUUCUCAAUAUAAAACAAUAUGCACGCGUGA